AUGAAAUCAAAGACGUUUAAGCCUUCCAGAAAAUCCAAGGCAAAAGAAGACACACCGCCAAAUUCUGCUGAAAGCCUGUACAUCCAGGCCACCGAGGAGGAAGGGUUUGGCGACAGAUGGCUGGCCUCGGACCUCGCUAAGGCUUUGAGGUUCUACCAGAGAGCAUACUCUUUAUACCUCGAAUCGCUGCAAUUGCAGACGGAUUACUUGGACUCGCGAUACAACGUGUCGCGGCUGCUGUUUUUCGUGUAUGACAGAUACGUUAAGAACGAGGCUGUUGUUCUGGACGAACUGGAAAACUGCUCAGAGGCCUUGACAGGCACAGCAAGCAGUGUGGUGAGACCGCUGAGAGACAUCAUCCAGGUGUUCCAGGAGUCGAUCCAGAUCUCCCGCACGGCAGCAGACUUUCCGUGGGAUUUGUAUUACAACGCCGUGUUGUGUUUUUUCGAGUACAUCGAGGAGCUAGUGAAGAAUGGAGAUAGUUUCAGUGAGCUCGUAUCCUGCGGUGAAGAGUGUCUGGGGCUGCUCAGGAAAGUGCUUGGACACCAAAUGACAGAGCUUGCUGCACUCACUAGUCCCGAGGAAACGCAAGUUGUUGCCCAAGAGCACGAAUACGAAACACAGCAAGAGGCAAUAGUUCCACCCACUGUUCUCGAGACCUGCGUCACAGGAUACAGAAUCAUCGCGACGUUGUAUGAAGGGGCCGUUUCUGAGGAUGAAAGAGCGCUCGUGGAGCUGAAAUUUGCAGACGCCGCGCAAGAACUCGAAAAAAUGGUGUCUGCUCUAGUCGAGCAAUAUUCUGCUCCGGUCAACGACUUCAUUCCGCCAUUGUCUUCUGACGACCUUGGGCAGCUUCAGCUCACAAAGCUGUGUUACGAGGCUGCAAAAGCCGACAGUUUCGACACGUUAUUUGAUAUAUGGCGCGGCUCCCAAUCGGUAGAAAAGCUUCUUCUCGAAAACGAGUCCUACAGAACACUUCUGGCGAAAAAGGACCAUAUACCUGCUGCCGCGCGCUGGACCGUGCUCUCGUCAAUCAGCAACCGCUACAAGGAGGCCUUCGAGCUUCUAAAGCAAGAAUACAAUCAGCUGAGAAAAACUGCCACCAAUUCGCAGCUAGGUAGCAAGCUCGCCCAGAUGUGCUCUAUUUUGAUCGAGAGAGCAGACGUCGAUCUGGAGCGGUCACAGACACCCACGCUUGAGGACAAGACGCGAAGUUUGCUUGCCACAAACGCUAACAAACUGCUGAGAAACGCAAUCACGUAUUCGCAGCAGUCGGGUGGCCUGAGAGAGAGCGUGCUCGAGAAACUGGCUAGAAGGAAGAAACUGAAGGAGGCCUCUACGCGACUGUGCAUUUUGGAGGGUAAGACGUCGAUCGAGGAGCUGGACAAGAUAGUAGGACGGCCGUUUUGGCCCCAGGAGUUGCAUGAGCUUGGGGACUUGGGGAUAUAUAACGUGGAUUCGCUGGAACGGGCAAUAUAG